UGCAGGUAAACGUGUUAGGGUAAGGGUGGGGGUUUGUUUACUCUUCCCAAGGUGUGGAGCUGUUUGUUCGGUUCCUGCGGCGCCAUUAUCCAGUCUACAGUGUUCCCAGCCUUACAGAGCACAGAAAUUCUCAUCUAAAUCUCAGGCAGGAAGUCCAACAAGUCGGGACGGAUACAGGGACAAGUGGAGCGCAAACAUGGCCGCUGCACAGUCUACAGAGGUGUCCCUGUCUACAGAGGAGCUACAGGAAAUGAUGGUGCAGAAGGCCCAGGAGCUGUUCUCUCUGUGUGACAAGGAGGCUAAGGGUUUCAUCACCAAACGGGACAUGCAGAGACUAGUCCCAGAGCUGCCCCUGAGCCCAGACCAGCUGGAGGAUGUGUUUGACCAUCUGGACCAGGAUGGGAACGGCUUCCUCACCAUGCAGGAGUUCACUGAUGGCUUCGGUUGUUUCCUAGGGUUUGACCAGACCAGCAGUGUUGAGGAAGACUCCGCCCCCCAGGUGCAGGUGUAUGAGGCAGAAGAAGGGGAGGACCAGGCACUGCAGAAGUUUCAGGACUUCAUGGACAGUCUGGAGAUAGAUGUGGGACUGCUGGAGAACUACGAGCGUGUGCGAGAGAUGUGGCUCCAGCUCAACCUCAACAGUCCAGAACUUCUCGGCAACUUUGAAGACUUCCUGCGUAAGAUGGUGGUAGAUCUCAGGUCCAAACAGCAGGAGCACAGCAGACUGGAAGAUGUCUUAAGAAGUAAAUCUAGUGAACAUGAUGAGGAGGUCCAACGUCUGUAUGAAGAGAUGGAACAACAGAUCAAGAUGGAGAAGGACAAAAUAAAGUCAGAGGAACUAUCCAAAGAGAAACAGGCCUAUGAAGAUCUGAAGAUGGAACUAGAGGCCAAAGACAGCCAACUACAUGACAUACUGCUGAGACAGAGACAGCUUGAGCAGAAACUACAGGAGCUGAAUCUGUCUGAGUCUCAGACCAAACAACUCAACCAGAGUCUCACCAAGACCAAUGAGGCGUUACAGAAUAAGUUACACAGCUCCCUGAGUGGGCUGAAGGGAGCCAUGGCUGAGGUACAGGAGUGGCAGGAGAAGGCAGAUACCGAGAGGAAACAGAAAACAAGGACUGCCUGGAGAGUGACAGCAGGAAUGGUGAAGGAGAGAGAAAGUCUGGUCAAGCAACUGGACCUGCUCAAGAAUAUGAACCAAAAGCUAAGAGAUGACAAAGACGAAUAUGAAACAAUAAGAAAGAACAGUCGAGGUGAGAAACGUGAAGUCCCCGUAACCACGGAGACCAGACCAGCCCCGCUAGCCAGACAAGGAUCUUCCCUGAGUAAAUACCUACCUGCAUCUAGUGUUGGGAGGACAGAAGGUGUCCUCCACAGCUUCCCCUCGCACCUAGACCCCCUGGAAAUAGAGGAUGAUGGGAUAGAGUAUGAUGUAAUCAUGGAAGAAUUGACGCAGAAUUCAUUUGACGAGGACAACGAAUCAACAGAUGUGAUUUCAACCGAUCUUCAAUCCAUCAAUCCAACAGUAGAACGUAGUAUUAGUAGGCGACAUCCGUCCAGACAACUUUCACGGCAGUCGAGGAUAGUAGCGGAAGAGAACCACGGUGAUUUGAGGGAUAGCGUAGAGAAUAGCGAGGAGGAAAUGUUUGAUAUCGGGGAACCGCGGGGACAACCGGUUGGAGGGAACACAGUAGGCAGCACUACAGCUGAACAGGACACGCCCGGGACUGCACGGAUGUUUAAGGUGGUGUUUGUAGGCGACUCUGGUGUGGGGAAAAGCACCUUCAUCUACAGGGUGUGUCAUGAUGACUACAAGGCAACCUUCUCAUCUACCAUAGGUGUGGACUUCCAUCUGAAGACAGUAGUAGCAAAGAACCAGAAGAUCACCAUGCAGCUGUGGGACACCGCUGGGCAGGAGAGGUUUCGCAGCAUCACCAAGUCGUACUUCCGUAAGGCGGACGGAGUCAUCAUCAUGUACGACGUCUCAACUGAACCAACCUUCACCAGUGUCAGGAGCUGGAUGGAGAGUAUACAGGAGGGUACGUCAGAGGACACCGUUCUGAUGUUGGUGGGGAACAAGGUCGACCUGCUCCUGGAGAAUGACCUGUCAGGGGUCAAAAGUCACGUGGCAAAAAGACUGGCACAGGAAUAUGAUGCCUUGUUCUUUGAAAGCAGUGCCAAGACUGGAGUGAACAUCACAGAGGCUGUGCUACACAUGGCGGGGAAACUGUGUGAAAAGGAAGACCAGCAGAUGGAGAAGGCCCUGAACUUGGAGGAAGCUGUCAGGGAGAAGAGAUGCUGUAAGAUGUAGAGAGUAAUAAUAAGGGAAGCCUUCUGCACCGUUUUAACUAGUCUCUACCAGACUCUGGGUCACUGGAAAACCGUUGUUGUUGCUUUUAUUGCUUUUUUACUUAUGACUGGUCACGCGCUGUUCCCUAGCCGGCU